GGUAUAAAGGUAGCUCAGCAUUUCCUGACUUGAAGGCCAAACAUUACCAGUCAUCCAAAGGAGAAAUCCCUCCUUACAUUACCAGACAUACAAGGCCGCAGGAGGGAAGACAGACUCUACUGUGCUGUCCAUCCACCAUGCAGACCCUGGGACUGGAAGAGGACGACUGUUUUGACUUCCUGUUUAAGAUCAUCCUGAUCGGAGACUCAAACGUUGGGAAGACGUGUGUGGUCCAGAACUUCAAGUCAGGUGUGUUUUCAGAGAGGCAGCAGAACACCAUCGGGGUGGAUUUCACCGUACGGACCCUGGAUAUCGAGGGGAAGAAAGUUAAGAUGCAGGUGUGGGACACAGCAGGCCAGGAGAGGUUUCGUACGAUCACGCAGAGCUACUACCGCAGCGCUCACGGUGCCAUGAUUGCCUACGAUAUCACAAGACGCGCGACCUUUGACUCGGUGACCCACUGGAUCCAGGAGGUGGAGCACUACGGAGCAGCCAAUGUGGUGCUGGUUCUCAUAGGUAACAAAUGUGACAAGGAGUCGGAGCGCCAGGUCCGUUUUCAGGAGGCCUGUCGUCUGGCCAAGGAGAAAGGAAUUCUAGCUGCUCUGGAAACUUCUGCUAAGGAGAGCCAGAAUAUAGAGGACGCCUUCAUGAUGAUGGCAAGGGAGCUGAUGUCUCGCAAUGGCCUUACCGUCCAGCAGGGGGAGCAAGAGAGCAGCAGGUCACCACAUGUCCUCCUCCGGACCGACUCUCGGCCGAUUAACGGGGCUGCUGCUGCCUACACUGCACCAGAGAAGAAGUCAUGCUGUUGAUGCAAGAAGCAUGAUGGAUGUGGCUGAUGAUGGAUGGAUACAAAAACAGACACAUUAAACAUGAAAGAAGAGGAAUGGUUGUAUGGGAAAUACACAAAAGAAGAUGCAUAGAAAACACUUGAAGAGAGAGCGAUGGAGAAGAGCAAAGGCAUCUUUCCUCUCGCUGAACAUUUGAGGAAUGUGGAAUGUAGCCAGUGAGGCCACACAAACUGAUACUGAAGCUCAUUUCUUGUUGUCCCUUUUAUGAUCACUGGCAUGAGCUUUUGAACAUCCCCGCUGAAGGUUUAUAUCCUGCUUAGAUGCCACAUAAGAGGCGCUGUCAUUCAGGAAGUUUAGGAACUCGCUGGAGAGUGCUGACAAUCAAUGUACUGUACUUGUUAUCUUAUGUGACACUAACUUAAUUGUUUUGAUGCACCAAAUCCUGCUCAGCCGGUGCUACAAGUAUGUGAGAACAAAUGUUACUCUUUAAUUAAACUAAUCCAUCUUUGAGGUUUUGCAUUAUCAACCUCAAAAACAUGAGCCUUCAUCAGCCAUGUUUCUGAUCCAUCCCUACAUUGCAAGACAUUCAGGGAUUGCCAUCUCAUUUAGAAGAGUUUUUUUUUUUUUUUUUGUCUCAUGUUGAUUAAGUGCUGUCUUAGAGCUUCCCAAAACAAAAGUCAUCACUAUAGCAUGUAAGGGUCAGAUUAUGACACCCAAAUGGCUUCUUGUGGUGCCUGUACUCACCUGAGCUGCUGCUGCUGUGACAGUGAGCACGUUCUACAAACCAAAACACUGUGAAUUAAAGAGGAUGUAUUCUUCCCC